AUGGGAGAGCUUCUUCCUUAUCGCCAAGGUAAACACACCAAAUUCGAAAGCUUGAUCAAUGAUGAGGAUUUUAGUGAAAGCUGUAAAGAAUGGUUAAGGCAGCAAAAACUGGAAGCACGUAUCUCUAGUAAUUCGAAAGCAUAUAUUAAAGACAUACUAUUUCCAAAAUUAAUUGGUCAUAUCAAAAAAGACACUAUAUUAAAGAGGACAUGUAGGAGUUAUAUAUAUUCGUGGGGAUUUAGAUACAAUGAGAGAAGAAAGGGUAUUUACUUUGAUAGUCAUGAGAGGCCAGAUGUGGUGGCAUAUAGAAAUAAAUGGGUAAAGAGAAUGUUUUUAUAUAAACGAACCAUGAAAGAUUUUGUUGGUGAAUCAUUAGAAUUUAUAUUAGAACCUUAG